AUGAGCCUGAUCAGCCUCCACUGCUCUGGCCGGAUGGCCACAGCCGCGAGGCGCCCCGCGGCUGCGCCCCGUGCCUCCUUUGCGCCCCGCGCACCAUGCGAGCAGACGCUCCACGGCACCGGCUGCACGGACGUCCCUGCGGGCGUGUGCGGCAAGACGGCUGACGUGGCCAACCUGCAGGACCUCCUGACCUUCCAGCUCAAGGGCCUGUCUGCCUGGACGCACUUCGCCCACCAAAACGGAGUGGAGACCCCCGACAUUGACUCCUUUGUCAAGGCCGCCGUUUUCUCCACUCUCACCAAUGUCAACUUUGACGCGGAGCGCUUCCGCGACUACACCCUCCGCGCCGACGAGCUCACGCGCGGCCUCAAGGCGCAGCUCGCGCGCGCCAACAUCGCUGGCGGGCCCGCCAAGGAGCCCCUGCCAUGGUAG